CUGAGCAGAGCAGAAGUCUGGACACUCACUAGUGAAACCACAGUUGCAGCCAUGGCUGGGAAGCCCGUGCUUCACUACUGGGUUGCCAGGGGCAGGAUGGAGUGCAUCAGGUGGCUCCUGGCUGCAGCAGGGGUGGAGUUUGAAGAGAAGUUUAUAGAAACCCCAGCAGACAUGGAAAAGUUAAUCAAAGAUGGGAGUUUGAUGUUUCAGCAGGUGCCCAUGGUGGAGAUUGACGGGAUGAAGCUGGUACAGACCAGAGCCAUUCUCAACUACAUUGCCACCAAAUACGACCUCUAUGGGAAGGACGCGAAGGAGAGAGCCCUGAUAGACAUGUAUACAGAGGGGAUUGUAGAUCUGACUGAAACGAUCACACAAUUGGUCAUGUGUCCUCCAGACCAAAGAGAAGCCAAGAUCUCCUUGGUAAAAGACAAGACCAAAAACCGGUACUUGCCUGCCUUUGAAAAUGUCUUGAAGAGCCACGGACAAGACUACCUUGUUGGGAACAGGCUGACCAGGGUGGACAUUCACCUGCUGGAAGUUCUCCUCUAUGUUGAAGAGCUUGACUCCAGCCUUCUGGCCCCUUUCCCCCUGCUGAACGCCCUGAAGAGCAGAAUCAGCAGCCUUCCCAAUGUGAAGAAGUUCCUGCAGCCUGGCAGCCAGAGAAAGCCUCCACCUGAUGUGAAAAAAAUUGAAGAGGCAAGGAAGGUUUUCAAGUUUUAAUAAAGCUGCAUUGCUAGAA